GCUUUGCCAGGUAGGCAGAGUUCACUCACAUCAACCUGUCGCGCGGCGCGUGCGCACGUAUUCAGUCGAAAUAAAUAUGGUAAUUAGAAGAAACGCCGGUAUUUGAGUGAAUAUGCCGUACAUUAUGGUAAUGGGUAGCCUCAGCUUGCCGAAUCUCACCAAAGACGAGGGUGCUACUGUUUAUGGAUUGAAACGAGACGAGAGAGCCACUCUAGUCAGGGAUCUGAACUCAUCUUUCGGCGUGCCCAUAGCGUCCGCAUCCGACAUAGAUAGAACAGUGCGAGUCACACAGAAGGGAAUAACACUAGUCGUCGUGAACAGAAUACACGGGUUGUUGGGUUAUGAUGUAGUUUCCCACGCCAUGGCAAUGACGAAUGCGAACAGGGAGUUAAUCUCGUUCACUAUGUACAAAAAGUCGAGCGGAACCUCCCAAGGUCACGGGAGUCAUGGGCAAGGUCACGGAGCACAUGGGCAAGGUCACGGGACUCAUGGCCAAGGUCACGGGACACAUGGGCAAGGUCACGGGACACAUGGGCAAGGCCACGGCACACACGGGCAAGGUCACGGGACUCAUAGUCAAGGUCAAAGCUCACACAAACAUGGACACGGCGGCAUCGUCACGCUCUGAUGAUAAAAGAGUUGAGCUUACUGCUAAUAGACCUUUUAACUAUAAGUACACCAAGUGUACACCUUGCAUACGUUUGGAAAAGAAAAAACUCAAUAAAACAGAGAAGCUAGGUGCUGCCUAUGUAUAUCUAAAGGACAUAUUUUGAGUCCAUUGCUCGGCGUUAUUUGUAAAAUAGUACCUAAUAUUUUAAAAUUAUUAUUGAUCUUCAUUUAUAUUGUAAGUAAAUAAAAAUUGAGAAAAAUAGCUUAAAAAAAGGUAAUAUUUAAAAUGGUGUUGAAACACCAUUUUUAAUGAUAACAAGGAUUCUAAAUUGUACUAGUGGAAAUAAAAUUCCUUAAUAUAUUUAAAACGAACAUGUAUCUAUUUUGCCUUUACAAAAGUGAAAGAACUUAAAAAAUAUAACAAAACAUUUAGAGCGCUUACAGACGAAC